AGCCAAAAACUCAAAAAUCCACACCUGAUAAAAACAUAACAUUUCAUAAUACGACAAAAUAUAUCUUGGAAUAAUCAAUAAUAAUAAUAAUAAUAAUAAUAUCUUGGAAUAUCUUGCUCUCUAACAAAGCUACAUUUCUUAUCGUGUGACAUUUCAUGUCUUUUUUCUUCUCCAACAAACAAUUAUUAAAAUAUGUUUAACUUUUAAAUUCUAACUAAUUGUCGCCUUACUACGUAAAAUUGGGUGCGAUGGAUUCGACCUGUUUCUUCUGUCACUUGACGUACUACUCGACCCUGACAAAAGAGGCGAGGAAGACGAUUAACAAGUUGUUUUUGACUUAUCUCGAGGUCAUCAAUUUGUCCACGGUCGAAAUCCAGGACGCCGUUAACCUCGGCAAAGUCCCCUUUCACGCUUGUCCCCCCUGCGUCACCACGCUCCAAAAUAUCUCCACCCACAUUCUCCAACUCGAAGAGGAAAUAAAGAAAAUUUGCACAAUCAUUUCGCAACAUUGUGGAGACGGUGAGGUAGUCGGUCGACUUGCAGAAUUGAGGAAGCAAAUCAUCUCAAGAUCCAGACCAAACGUGCAGCUCAAUUUAGAGAAUGUGAUUGCCCCCGUUGACCCUGAACCAUUGAAGCUGGAGAAUUACCCUGAAAUUAAGCUGGAAAAUGACGUUGAAAUUAAGCUAGAGAAUGACGUUGAAGUGAAGCUGGAAACUGACCCCGGCGAAGAAUCUGACGUUGAUCUCGACGACUUCAUGAUCCAUCCAGAUAAUGAUAAUGACGACAUGGAUACUUUCGAAGAUCCUUUGUCCGUCCCGGCAGUAACACCGCCGUCUCCGCCGUAUAAACGUGUCGGCCGCCCGCCGAAAAAAAAUUCCUACCCUCCUGGAUGGAAGAAGCCGUUCCGUGGCGUUGAGGUCACCCGCGUGGAUCACAAACAAUCCCUGAGUUUCCAGUGUGGAGAAUGCGACUUUAAUCACAGAUUUUGGAAGCAUAUGAGGUGCCACAUAUUAGAAAAACAUCAACCCGUGGCCGCUGAAGCAUGGGGACAACGUUCCCGAGUUAUUCAAUGUCCCCAUCAUCUCCCCAUGUUUAUUAAAAUCCGUCCCUUCCAGUUAAUGUCCGCAUUUGUCCCCACAGCUUCCGCGACCACUGGUCCCUCCCCCCUUGUAACGGGUUACAUCCCCUUUUUAACAUGGGGCGCAAGUGGAUGGGUGCUGCUUUAUGAACCUUCCCGAAUCAUUGAUUGCAAAAAUGUGUUAGAGGCUUUCAACUUCAAAUGCUCCCAUCCCUCAUGUGGCGUCUUAUUUGCGACGCAGGAACUUCUCUCAAGCCAUAUCACGCUCAAGCACACGAUCCAUUCUUGCGGAAAUUGUGAUUUUACUUGCAAUUUACCCAGCCACCUUCUCCGACACAUCAGCGAGGCCCACCCCGAACUUCCAGACCCCUUAAAGUGUCCCACGUGUGUAAAGGUCCUCUCAUCCCAAUUGCAGUUCGACGCACAUGUCACAAGGUGUAAGGACGAAACAAAGCCUCAGCGACCCACCAGCGUGCAAACGUCCAGCACAACGUGGACCUAUUUAGACGUCGCAAUGUCCAAGGUUGGCGACAAGGUCCUCUGCAGCCUGUGCGAUUACACAAAUCCUAAAAAGUUCCAGGUCAUGCAGCACAUUCGGGCCGUUCAUAAAAAACAUUUGCCGUUCAGAUGUCCCAGCUUCGCGUGCAGCUGGCCCUUCGCCAACCAAUCCCAGCUCGACGAACACCUCGCCAGCACGGGACACGGCCCCCAAGUCUGCGACGUUUGUGGCAAAGUCGCCAAGUCAAAGGACUCCCUGCAGCAACAUGUCAAAACUGCCCAUAAAAAACAGGAUCGCUUCAUCUGCACGACAUGUGGGAAGGUGGGUUCCCUCAAGGGUUUUCCCUACCUGUCUGGCUGUAAGGUGCAUGAAUCCACGUGUACCCCCGCAAACCACAAGCCAAAGAAACUCAACGCGGAAGAAAAGGCUAUACUCGCUGCAGGCCGGAAAUCAAUUUUGGAACAAGAAAUCAUUUCAAAUUCCUGUAAACACUGUGCCAAGAGAAUAUUCGGUUCUUACGAGUCCCUCUCAUUCCACGAGGAGAAAUGUCGCGUCGGAUCACGUACAGAUGUUCAAGAAGGAGAGGAAGUUAUCAGGAGAGGUGUUCGUCUAAUCGAUGACUCUGUUGAGCUUUCACUGGUCAAGGUCAAGGAGCCUCACGACAUAAACCUGCACAAGUGCUGGGGGUGCAAUCAGACCUUUCAUCAUAAACCGCCUGCUCUGGCGCAUAUCCGUGCUGCGCGCCAUGGCGACAAUUACAUAACUGCAACUUUGUAAAAAAAACUGUAUAUUACCAAAAUUACCAAACACAAAUAUUCACCCAUCUGUUAUCGUGGUGGCGCAGAAAUUCGCAUCUAAACUAAUAUCCGGAUACAAAUGAUAAGAAUAGUACAACAAAUUUAUGUAUACAGAAGCAGGCCAAUUUUUGCAACAAACCCAAACAGAACGAUUUCUUUUUUACAAGUUUUCGCCAUGAAAAUAUUUAAUUGUUUAUUUAUUUUUGAAAUUCUAAGUAAAUCAAUUCUGUGAAUUUUAGUGUUUCUUGAUUCAUAACUAAAUUAUUUAUUUAUUGUACUAAAAAAAGUAGAAAUCGGUCGAUGAAUAAAUAAUUCUGCAUACUCAUGAACAAA